CAGCGCCGCCCGCUGGUGGGAGGCCGCGAGAGGGUUAUAACAUCGGGCGGAUGCCGCCGCCGUCGACUGUUGUCGAGGAAGGCAGCGCUGGAGGAGGAGGUGUUGACGACUACAACGAUUAAGAUGGCGUCGUUGUGUUUUUAAACAACAGUCGCCGUUCAAGAGACAUUUAUAAACACGAAACUCCCUCAGACCGGCCGGGUGUUCGAUUAAGACGCAGCCGGUUGUCCCGACGGAGUGCGGGCCGAGGAGAGUCGGGGCUGAGCGAACAAUCAAUCGGUGGUUUGGACGCGGCCGCCAUUUGCUGUCGCUGUCGGAGGUCGCAGAUCGACGCCGUCCAUCCCCAUCCACGGGCCGGGGCAGAGAGGCCUGGCAUUGCGCGGUGACUGCGGCUGCGGAUGUCCGCCGCCCCUCGCCGGUUCCUCUCGGUGGGUUUUAGCCCACGGUCCAAAGCGCUGGAGGCGGGGAAGAGGCCAUGCACCCGCUGCCGUUUCCUUGCCUCUCGCCGUCCGUCCCUCUCCCCGUCAGCACCUGCAACAACAGCGGAGGAACCAAGGCCGCGGCCGCCGGUAACCCUCACCCUCGCCACCGCCCUCCGCGCCAGCAACAAGCCAAGGCAGCGGCCUCUGCCGCCGGUCGGGGGGGUCGCAAACUGCGCUCCGCCUCGUCCGCCGUCGCCUUUCUCCAGAGACAGCCGAGGACGCAGCAGCAGGCGGGCUGCCGGGGGGCAGCGGCCGGAGCCACGUCGACAGGACCGAGGACUCCCUCGGCAGCCGUCGCCGCCAGCGCACCGACGGCGGAGCAGCGAGCGAUGGAUGGGAAGGUGAUAAAAUCGAAUAUGGGAAGAUAUGAAACAAUCGCUCCACAUACUCAGUUCUUGUAUUGUAUAAAUAAAACAGAAGAAUGCUUUCACGCCUUAAACUCCACCAAGAAAAUAAAUAAGAGUAACUUACUGCUGAAAAAAGGAUCUGUAAAAAGAAAUGAAAACAACCAUAGCCAGAAUACUCCCACUCCUGAAAGCUACAACGUACUCAAAAAAGAUGGGGGUAGAUCUGUUGCUCCUGGAAUCCACUACCGAAGUCUAAAAUUACAGAAAGUUGGACUGAAGUCUGUAACAACUCUUCAAGGAGAUCAAAAUUACGCUGGGCCAAAGUUUAGUGAGCCGCCAUCUCCCAGUGUUCUGCCUAAACCACCAAGUCACUGGGUGGGGGUACAUUCUGAUUAUCCUGAAGAUGGGAGUAGGGAAAUAAUGACUGUCCAUUUAAAGACUUUACUGAAAGUUAAUGCAUAGUUCAAGGACAUUUAAGGUUAGCUUAAUUACUGAGGUAAGUGUUUAUUUGAGAUUCAACUUCAUAGCAGCAGUAGGUCCUGCAUUUUAGACUGUUGUAAAUUUCAGCUUGUGUUUUUGGGAUAAGCAUAUACCAGUGGUGCUAGUGAUGAAGUGGGACUGUGUACAUUAAUGUAAACCAUGUAAUUAUUUGUAUAUUUUCAUAUACUCAAUUUCAAAAAGGAAUUAUAGUUUCAUAUGAGAAUUUGUCUUGUUGGUGAGCUGAGUUAAAUUUUAUAUUUUAUAUAUAAGGUGAAAGCUCAAGUUAAAGCUAGAGCAAAAGUUAUAUCCUGUGCCAUUGCAGGAAAUGGUGAUUAUACAAAUAUUUGACAAUCUGAAAUAUUUUUGACAAAAUCUAUGGUUUAAGAAGUCAAUGAUUCAAGCACUGCUUUUAUCUGCACUACUGAAUGAUAUUACAAUGAACAAGAUGCACUUUCAUCUUAACGGGUGUUAAGUAUAUAAUGUGAAUUUUAGUCUUGUCACCAAAUUAAAGAUCUUGCUGGAGGGGAAGAGUUCAUUUUCCACAGUUAGUCUGUUGGUGCACAGUAACUCAGUGUGUACGAUUUCUUGGGGCAUGUAAAAUCUAUAAUCUCUUGAAUAUUAUUGAUACAUUUUCUUUGUUCUUUGAAAAUUUCCCUCACUGAUCUGCCCCAUAUCUGUAUGUACACGGUGAAUCGUGACAUUAACAACGAUGUAUCAGCUCAUCUAAGUUUCCUGCAGUUUCAGUUCUGGGAACAUAAUCUUAAACAUUCUAUUUUCUUGUAUUGUGGCCCUGUGGAAAUGUCUCAGCAAAUAUUAUUGGAUGCUUCUGUUGUGACUGACUAUGUAAUGAACCAAGAUGCACAUUGGAUCGACAAGCUUUACUUGUGUCCAUACAAAACUGAAUUAUUAGCUUUUUUUAAAAGAAAAAAUCUACUUUUCCAGUCUUCAUUAAGCGUAUAAAUUAGUUUAAUUUCUUUUCGUUCACUUUUAAAAUGGCCUUGAAAUAAACAACUCUAUUUUAAGAACAAUUUCAAAUUUUCUCAAAGGUUAACCCACAUGACAUUGGUUCUUCCGGAUGCGAGUUGUUAUAAGCUGUUUUAACAAUGUUUCAGCUGAGCACAAAUUGGUAACUUUGUAAUGGUAACAAAGUAGUUGCCACAACAGUUUCCUAAAUCUUCCCUGCAGCCACUUUGCUUUUUAAAUAAUCAGGUUUGGUUUAAAAGAGACAAGAAUGUGUUCGCACUGCUCAUUGGAAAUGAUUGUGGGUUCAUUUUGGAUCACAUUGUGUGUGUGUGUGGGCUGCACCAAAACUAAAUUGCAAUCUUGCUGUCUUUUGUUACAUUGGGUUGUAGGAGGGGUGGGGGGGGAAGGGGGAGUAAUGCACUGGAAAGUGUUUUGUGUAACUUGACACCAAUUUGAAUCCUUUUUUGUUGUAAGACUUAAAUAGUAUAUGGUAGCCAAAUACAUAAAUUGAAAGCUGGAUCAGUUGGUUAAUGUUUUAUCCCUAUUCAAGUCAUUUAUUUACCAGUUUCUUUAAGGGAUAAUGCUUUAGAAUGAAGUACCGGUAUGUUGGUAUGUAGUAUUGUUGUUUUCCAAAGAAAGCUGGCAUGCUUAAAUUUGCUACAGUCUUUAAUUGUACUCUUAUAACUACAAAUUGGCGAAUUUUCAAAACAAAUAAAAUUUAAUUGGUCUCCCUCA